AUGGUGUACGUCAUAGGAAUCACAGGAAGAAUUUGUAGUGGGAAGUCGACUCUACUUAAUGUCAUGAACAGCCGUGGGAUCCCAACAAUAGAUUGCGACAAGAUUGGAUGGGAAUUAUACUCGAAAGACUCUAUAGCAUUCUCUGCAUAUGUCAAAGAGUUUGGAAAAGAUGUUAUUGGAAAAGACGGGAAUAUUGAUAGGAAGAAAUUGUCUGCAUGUGUCUUUGGACAUCCAGAAAAGGUCAAACGCAUCAGUGAAAUCUCAUGGCCUAUGAUCUAUCAAGUACUUGUGAAUAAGAUCGAGAAGUUCAGUUGUGAAGGACACAAAAUAGUUGGAGUGGAAGCUGCUUUGUUAAUUAAAGCCAAUUGGGAAUGCAUUAACGAAAUUUGGCAGACUAAAAUAGACGACGAAAUUACUAUCAAUCGACUGAUGAAAAGAAAUAAUUUGAGUCGUGAGGAAGCUUCAAAAAGACUGAAUUCACAACCAUCACAAGAGGAAUAUGACAAGAAGGCAAAUGUGACUUUUAAUACAAAUUGCUCUUUGGAACAAACUGCUAAGGAAAUUAAUAAAAAGCUUGACGAAACUAUUAAAAUGGUUGAAGCAAAAUAA